AUAUAAUAUUGUUCUGCAACACACUUUAUGAUACCAUAACUCUCAUUUAUUAUAUUUAGUGAUAAAAAAAUCAACCAAGUUUGAAUUCUAAUCCCAUCCACAAAACUGUAAAAUAAUCCCUUAUCUAUUUCCAAUUUUCCAGAUCCAAAAUCAUCUUUCAUUUUCAUCUCUCUACUUUAGCAACAAACCCACGAGGGUUUCUUCAAUCUUUGAUCUACAAACAUCUUCUUCUAGGAUAAUCAUUGAUUCGAUCGCUUCAAAACCCUUAAUCUUUUUCACCCGCCCAGACCCCACACAUCUUGAUCCAAUCAUUCGACUCACCCAGACCAAUAAAGUUCAGUUUUUUCGUGUUCUUGAUCGACUUUGUUGCUGCAGUUUUGUGGGUUUUGUUGGGGAAUCUGUUGUGGGUUCUAAGGCUGUGAGAUCCACGAGUUGAGGGGGGAUCUUGUUGGUGUAUGAUCUUGUAAACAUUGAUCUUUGUGGGGUUUGGUUAGUUGCACAUAAGGUGUUUGAUGUAUUGCCGCAGUGAUGCAGUCUGAUCAGAGAAGGAAGGGAUCGGGGGAGUUCGAUUUCUUCACAGAAUAUGGUGAAGGGAGUAGGUACAAAAUAGAGGAAGUAAUCGGUAAAGGAAGCUACGGUGUUGUUUGCUCUGCAUACGAUACACAUCUUGGCGAAAAAGUAGCAAUAAAAAAGAUAAACGAUAUAUUCGAACAUGUCUCAGAUGCCACUCGCAUUCUUCGUGAGAUUAAGCUUCUCAGGCUUCUUCGGCAUCCCGAUAUUGUGGAAAUUAAGCACAUUUUGUUGCCACCUUCAAGAAGAGAAUUUAAAGACAUAUAUGUGGUGUUUGAGCUUAUGGAGUCGGAUUUACAUCAGGUUAUCAAGGCUAAUGAUGACUUAACACCGGAACAUUAUCAGUUUUUUCUGUAUCAGCUUCUUCGAGGAUUGAAGUAUAUACAUACAGCAAAUGUUUAUCACAGAGAUCUAAAACCGAAAAAUAUAUUGGCGAAUGCCGACUGCAAAUUGAAGAUUUGUGACUUUGGUCUUGCAAGAGUUGCGUUUAACGAUACACCUACUGCGAUAUUCUGGACGGAUUAUGUUGCAACAAGAUGGUACAGGGCUCCAGAGUUGUGCGGAUCGUUUUUCUCCAAGUACACACCGGCUAUAGAUACAUGGAGUAUCGGUUGUAUUUUCGCAGAACUUUUAACGGGAAAACCACUUUUUCCCGGGAAAAACGUGGUGCAUCAGUUGGAUCUAAUGACCGACCUUUUGGGGACACCAUCGCCUGAAGCUAUCGCCCGGAUAAGAAAUGAGAAGGCAAGGAGAUACUUAAGCAGCAUGCGAAAGAAAAAACCGAUUCCUUUUUCACAGAAGUUUCCGAAUGCGGACCCGCUUGCUCUUCGCUUAUUAGAAAGAAUGCUUGCAUUUGAGCCGAAAGAUCGUCCCAACGCUGAGGAGGCCCUUUCGGAUCCGUAUUUCAAGAAUUUGGCUAAGGUUGAGAGGGAACCUUCUGCGCAGCCUGUUACUAAGAUGGAGUUCGAGUUCGAGAGAAGAAAAAUUACGAAAGACGAUGUACGUGAAUUGAUUUAUAGAGAGAUUCUCGAAUAUCAUCCCAAUAUGCUAAAAGAAUUCUUGGAUGGAGCUGAACCAACAGGCUUCAUGUAUCCAAGUGCUGUUGACCAAUUCAAGAAGCAGUUUGCUCAUCUCGAGGAACAUUACGGCAAAGGUACCGCAGCCGCACCUCUAGAGAGGCAACAAUCUUCAUCAUUACCAAGGGCUUGUGUACUAUAUCCAAAAGAGACUGCACAAAGUACCGUAGAAGUUACAAAUGGUCUUUCAAAAUGUUCGAUAAAAGACGUUGGGAAGCAGUACAUGACAAACCCAGUGCCAAUGACCAGACUUCCUCAAAGCAUCCAAGGGGGGAAUGCUGCAAGGCCCGGUAAAGUAGUUGGUUCCGUUACGCGUUAUAACAACAACGAUGCUCUCGAACAACGAAGGGUAGGUAGGAAUACUCCGGUAGCCGGCCCGACCCAUACCCACUUCCCCCUCCCUGCCUCUUCCUACCCUAGAAGAAGCAGCAACUCAUCCGCCUGCAAAAACGAUACGGUAGAAACCACUAUAGAAGUUUCCGGUAACGGGCUACAGCCCCGACCUCCGUACGUUCCAAGAAAAGUUGCUGCCGCUCAAAGUGGGCCCGGUAGCCAGUGGUAUUGACUUUCUUAACGGGUUAGUCAAGGCGUUGUUGGUAAGUAAAUUGACUAUGUUACCCCUGGGCACGAGUUGGUUAGUAAAUUUUGUUGGGUUGGAAUGUUUGGAGACGCUAUGGUCAUGUGACAAUAUUAUUACGUGCUUAAAACGACUAUUAAGCAGCUAACAACCGAAUAACGAUUCGCUAGCUUAAUCCAUGUUUGACUUGUAAAGAUAACUAUUGUACAAGACCAGAGUUUGAAUUGUAUUUUUUUUUGUAAUAUGUACUUGUUUAAAGAAGGUGAAUGUGCAAUGUCUUUGUUUCA